UGCGAAUUCCAAACGGCAGUGACGCCAUCAGGGAAGAACGGCAAAGCUUGGGCGCGAAGGGGCCGGGGAGAGAGGGCAUCGGAUCGCAUCGCUCGGGCGUCUGACGCUUCAUUUAAUCUCCUCCUCCUCCUCCCCCCGUCGCCGCCGCUAAUUAACCGCACGCCGAUAGGAAGCCAGCGAGGUUAAACAGCAGCGGCGACGACGACGACGAUGUCGACGAAAACAACCAACGGCGUAAAGAUGGUGAAGAAGAGAAAAGGAAGGGUCGUGAUCGACUCCGAUAGCGACGACAGCCGCAGCGACGAGAGCAUGGACGCGGAGUGGCUCUCGCUGGCCAAGCGCAAGCGCAGUGAGCCCGAGCAGCAGAGCAGCCCCUCGCCCGUGCCUCCGGCCGCCACGCCACAACCAGCGGCAGCGGCGGCAGCGAGUGCGGCAAAACGGUCAGACUCCUCCGACUCGGAGACGUCCGACAGCGACUUGGAGUGGACGGUCGGAGGCAACAACGCCAAGAAGAAGGGCAAGGGGAAGAGCGGCAAGAAGUCGAGUAAGAAGACGUCGGCCGUGGCCAAGACGGCGUCGGGGUCCUCCGAGGAGGAGAGCGCGGCGGAGGCGUCCGAGCCGGAGGAAGGGGAGGUGUCUGACUCGGACAGCAGCAGCGACUCGGGCUCGGGUUCGGCGAGCUCGUCGUCGUCCUCCUCAUCGUCGGAAGGGAAGGACCAGUUCCACGAUGGCUACGACGACGACCUGAUGGGCGACGCGGAGGACCGCGCGCGCCUCUCCAAGAUGACGGAGAAGGAGCGUGAGCAGGAGCUUUACAACCGCAUCGAGAAGCGCGAAGUUCUCAAGACGAGAUUCGAGAUCGAGAAGAAACUGAAAGCGAGAAAGAAGAAGGAGAAACGAAAGAAACACGAGCAUGACCGGGAGCACAGGGAGAAGCAGAGCAAGGUGCAGGAGACGCCCGUGAAGGUGAUGUCGCACAGCAAGGAGCGGCGCUCAAAGCGGGACGAGAAACUCGACAAGAAGUCCCAGGCCAUGGAGGAGCUCAAAGCCGAGCGGGAAAAGAAGAAGAACAAGACGGCGGAGCUUCUGGCACGGAAGCAGCGUCUAAACGCGAGCGACGUGUACUCUGACGACGACGAGGAGGAGGAGGAGGAAGAGGAGGAUGACAAGGCGAGCGAGAAGAGCGACCAGAGCUCCUGCUCGUCGUCCUCCUCCGAUGAGGAGGAAGAGAAGGAGGAGUCGGCGCCCAAGACGACGCUGGUGUCAUCCAAGGACGAGCUCAACCAGAUCCGGCUGUCGCGGCACAAGAUGGAGCGCUGGUGCCACAUGCCGUUCUUUGAGCGCACGGCCAUCGGCUGCUUCGUCCGCAUUGGCAUCGGCAACAACAACGCCAAGCCGGUGUACCGGGUGGCGGAGGUGACGGGUAUGAUGGAGACGGGGAAGAUCUACCAGCUGGGGACAACACGCACCAACAAGGGCCUCCGGUUACGCCACGGCAACCAGGAGCGCGUAUUCCGGCUCGAGUUCGUCUCCAAUCAGGACAUCACCGACAACGAGUUCCAGAAGUGGAAGGAAGCGAUGAUGCUGGGAGGGCUUCAGCUGCCGACCCUGGACGAAAUCAAUAAGAAGCAUCAGGACAUCAAGGUCGCCCACGAUUACAAGUUCAACGACCAGGACGUGGAACACAUCGUCCAAGAAAAGGAUAAGUUCAGGAAAAACCCUGCCAACUACGCCAUGAAGAAAACUGAGCUGAUGAAGGAGAAGGCGAUGGCGGAGGAGGGUGGAAAUGAGGACCGCGCUCGCGAGAUCCAGGACAAGAUGAACGAACUGGAGGAGCGAGCGGAGGCCCUCGAUCGCAUUCGCACAAAGAACAUCUCCGCCAUCAGCUACAUCAACCAAAGGAAUCGAGAGUGGAACAUUGUGGAGUCGGAAAAAGCCAUGCAGGCAGAGGUUGUAAACAUGAAGAACCAGAAAAUGGACCCGUUCACUCGGAGGCAGUGCAAGCCCACCAUGGUGUCCAACGCGCGCGAUCCGGCCGUGCAGGCCGCGAUCCGGGCUCAGCUCAACGCCAAGUACGGACAGCUGGAGUCAGACAAUCCGAUCGAGAUUGGGCGAGCGUUACUCCUACAACGGGAGGCUGGGUCGGGGGGUGGAGGCAAGGAUGCCUCGGGUACCAAGGCUCAUGGAGAUGAAUCUGACGACCUCUUCAGGGCCCAUGACUUUGACAUCAAGAUUGACCUCCAAGUCCCAAUGACAGAGUCCAAGUCGAACAGCGGCGUUUCCAAGCCACCUCCCGUAAAAGACGGGGGCCCUCGCCGUUCCCUCAACCUGGAAGACUACAAGAAGCGAAGGGGCCUCAUUUAGCCCCCCCACCCCCCCACCCCCCCCCCCCCCCCCACAUGCACGCACGCACGGACGCGCCCCACACGUUGAGCCAACGACGUUGAAGAGAAGAUCAUAAUGGUAAUGACAGUGAUAAAACAAUAUUCAAAGUCGGUGUCUACCUACUCAAGAUAAGCAAUGGGGGUGAGGGAGGGCAGCCCUCAACUUCGCUGGUGACUGGUCCAGUGGGAUGGGCAAACGCCACGUUGCCUUGGCAGGGCACAUCGAAAUUAUGUACACUGUUCAAUUUGCCAUGAAAUGGGACACUUAUGAUCUCCGUAGGGACGAUGGGGUGAGUUACAAAGGCUCACUGCCCAGUUUUUGAAGUGAUGACCUUCCCGUUACGAGUUUUUGCUCGAACCACUGUGCCACCCGGCUGGAUGGUGAUCAUCAUAACGAUGAUAAUUAAUAAUGAACUGUACCUUAUUCUCCAAAUGUCAAACCCCCUGUAUUUUUGACAAACGCCCUGCCUAAUGUGUAUGGUGGAUACACUUGUUCAUAUUAUAAAGCCUGUAACAUUCUCUUACUUUAAAGUGUGUUUAUUUUUUUUGGAUUGUUCUAUUUUGUAGAGAAUUCAAAUUUUUACGUCAAUAUAGCACCCCCAUGGUUUAACUUCAUUUGUUUAAUUGUAUUUCUUGUACACAAGGAGUUUAAAACAAAAUCUAAGCCUGCAAUAACGGCUCGGAAUUUUUUUAUAUGAUUCACAAACCCCGUGCAGUUUUAUACUUAAGCUAAGAAGUAUGAACGUCAUCUACAGAGGUUUUGUUCUAUAAUUUGUGUGUGUGUGUGUGCGCGCGUGUUUUUUUCCCGUGUAAAGUCCCCCUUGACUAGUAAGCUUGUAUUAUGUGAUUGCUGUAACACUCUUGAUUGAUUCUCUAUCUUGUUAUAGUUUUGUGUCUGUGUCUUUACAAUGAGAGGGCGAGUGUGCUUUUUUUUGCGGAAUGGGCAUGUGUAUAGGGAAAGCCCGCUCAUUCGCACAGCACGGGUGAGGGGGGGGAAAGAAAUAUUCGGUAAAGAUGGGAAAAUUAUGAUGGCUCUCUUGUCUUCUAUAAGCCACGUACAUAAAACUUUCUCUUUUUUUUUAGAAAUAAAUAUCAAUAAACUGCAAUGCAAUGACAAUGCUUCAAUUGUGAUUUCACUGCAUAGCGCAGUGGCUUAGGGUUGUCAUUUAUUACGACAGUAUUAAAGACAAUCUAUGCCCCUCCCCCGAGUUUCCUGGCUGGCUGCUGGCUGACCUCUCCACCCCCAACGGUAACUCUGUUCAUGGCUGCUGUGGGCCAGUACCAACGAUACUAACUGGCUACGCGGGAACCGUGUAAAAAAAAAUACACAUUGAACUAACUUUAUUCGGUGGAAAAAGUGCGUAAGACAAUAACGACACCGGAGUGGCGAGUGUAACGAGUACAGAAGACUGACAGUUCGUAUGUAGAACUUCUUUCCGUCAUUUAACCGUCAUUUAAAAUGCCGCUCGAACUUUUCAACGUGCGCUCCUUUUAAUGUCAUUCUGAGAUGCCCUGCAACACCGCAGUGCGCUCCUCAAGAUUUGGCAAUGUCAACACCAGAAGCGGUGGCCUAUGCAGAAUGUUGGGAAAAGACCCCCGUGUAGGUUAACCAGGAGACGCGACGAAGAAUAAUGUAAUUCUUUUGCCCGGAAUGUUCUUUAAAUCCUUGCGAGUGUAAAAAAAAAAAAACAUAAAUUGUCUUGCCAUUUUAUUUUGUCAAUAAAAUAUGAAUUGGUUCUCCUGCUACGAGAUUGUAAUAAUAAGAAAAUCGCAGCUAUCGCUUCCUAGUUUCAGAGCGACAUGCUCUCUGCUCGUGACAAUACUAAGAACUGGCGUUAAUAUCGCGCCGACAGCGUAACGGCAGCUUGUCCCCUGUGGCGCAAAAUGAGCGCAAAACCGGGUGGCAAGUGAGGGCAUUGUGCCGUUGGCUAUUCCGAUUUAAAAAUGUUAACGAGGUGAUUUUGCAAAUUUGGACCAUGGCACCUGACACGCAUGGCCUGCUCAUUGGGAUCACGUUACAGGUUCUUUAACGCCCACCUUGAAGUAGACGAUGCCCAUUGUAUGGUUGUCACCCACAGUAUUAACCAGGGCUCCCGGUGGUGUGAACCACAAUCCUUUGCGGCAGGCGGCAAACAUGCUGCCGCUCGGCCAUGUCACGACCCCACCGAUCCUGAGCUCUCUUUCCACUUCUCAACUCGGCAGAACCUCCGUCUGCAACACUUUUUUAUAUCAGUGUGCAAUAUGCAUUUCUAGUACUGUAUAACAAUAUAAUUGCAGCCGAUUUGUCAAUCCACUGCUGGAUUAAGGUCUCCACAAACUGAAAAGGGGCUUGGUUGACCAUACUUCACCGCAUGCAGUGCAAUUAAAACAUUGGUCUUGGUGGUGGGCGUGUGGCUUCGGGGUCAUUUAGCACAGCCUGGUUUCACUGCAUGGACAUUUCGGCACUGCUUAAGAGAUGUAUGCAGUCAAACUGCCGAGACAUUCAACAAUAUCUAAAUUUUCCAGAACGUCCCUCAAUUGUGAACGAAUUCUAUGUGUGUGUGUUUGUUAUAUUAUCGUAGUAUAAUAUGGCACCCCCCCCCCCCCCCCCCCCCCGUAUUUGAAAGCAAUAUUCUGGGUGUGUGUUAUUUUUAGGAGCGUCUUAUGAUCUGAAGAAUAUGGAAUGGCACUCGUUCUGGAUGUGCUCCUGAUCAUUUGAAUUGAUCUGAAUAAUCUACAAAUUAGGUCGAGACAUGCAAUUUCAGACGAUCGUAAAUAUACAUAUACACUUGUUUCGGAUUAUUCCGAAAAGGGAAAUUAUGUCACUAAAAUAAUGUCACCUCCACUCCUUUCCUGCCAACGUUUAUUGUGUCGCAUUGCGUCGGGUGACGUCACUUUUGUUAGCAGGCAGACAAAUAUGACGAAAACAAUUUGAAUUAUCUGAAUGAGACGCAACAAUAAAAAAGCCAAAAUGCUUAAAUCCGAAA